CAGACGGGAUUCCAGAUUUUAUUCGUCAAGUCAUCGUCGCCAUUGGCGACCUUCAUUUCAUCCCCUAAAAAAGAACAGUUCAUCAUCAUCAGCCCAAAAUAACAACACUAAAACUCAUCAGAAAUUCUCACAUUCUCAAAAAAAUCCCAAAUCGCAAACAGAACACAAUGAUCAAAUCUCACACCUCGCUGUUCCAGUAAAUCAGUUGUAAAAUUAUAGAAAAAAAAUUCAAGUAAUCGACAAUGGCGCGGAUCUUCGAGUAUUUCGUGAUGUGUGGAGUAGGACCAGAGCUAAGAACCCUAGAUGGAAACAAAGGAUAUCAUGGAACAUCGGGAGUAAUGUAUUUGCCUUCUCUUCUUGAUCAAUAUCCGCCUGAUAAUCACUCUCUUUAUCCUCCGCCGCCGCCUCAGCUUCCCACUUGUGUUCUUCCGGCUGGCGUAGAGUUUUAUUCGUCUGGAUUUGAUCUUAAUGACACUUCUAGCUUUCCUCGGAGCUAUCCUAUUGUUUUAACUGAGGGUGACGGAUCAAAAAUUUAUGUUAGUUGCAUUGCUUUUCGAGAUCCAGUUAGUGAGGAUAUUGCUGAAGCUUAUCGUAUACCAGCUAAUUCCUAUGCGGACAAAUGUAUAUGUCUUGUUUCACGGUCACCUAGUUUCCGUGUUCUCCGUAAUGCACUAGAAGAGAUAUUUGCACUUUGUUUUUCCUCCAGUGGGAGCAGUAAGCAGUUAUGGGAUGUUAUAGCAUACAUGGUGUCCAAUGUACCUUUGCCUACACCUGGAAGGGAACGAGUCUUGUUUGCUAUUGAGAAUUGUUUGCUCUCUGUGGAGGCUCCACCAAAAGAUGGACUCCCUCAUGCUGAUAUAUCAUUUCAGCCACUGGUACAAUGCUUGGAUGUUGACAACUUGAUCAAAUUUUUUACUGCUGUGUUGCUUGAGAGGCGGAUUUUACUUCGAUCAAAUAAGUACUCGAUCUUAACUCUAGUAUCAGAGGCCAUUUGCCAUUUACUUUAUCCUUUCAGAUGGCAGCAUGUCUACAUUCCAUUACUAUUUUUCAGUGGAGUAGACUAUAUUGAUGCUCCUACACCAUACAUGAUGGGUCUCCAUUCAGAUGUUGAUACGUCUCUUCUUGCUAUGGAUGGCGUGGUUAUUGUAGACCUUGAGUAUAACCGAAUUACCACUACAGAGGAAAUACCCCCUAUCCCAGAGCCCGAAUUAAGUUCUUUGCGGGGUGAGCUAUUGAAGUUUUUGUUUCCUAAUGUUAUGGAGAUUGAUCAAAUGAAGGCUGGAGUCUUUAGUUUAGCUGAGCAACAUUCAAAAAAUUGCAACAAGCCCUGGGGAGAAGAUCAUGACCUCCAACUUAGGUUAAUAUUCUUCAAGUUCUUUGCAUCAAUUUUAGGUGGCUACCGCAAUUUUGUUGAAAAUAGUGCAACUCAGGCUUUCAACACACAAGCAUUCCUGAAGAAGCGUUCUCGGUCGACAAAUCAGCCACCAGAUUCCAUGAUAACACAAUUUUUAGACUCUCAUGGUUUCUUAGAUUACCUAGAGAGAGGUGUGGGUUCUGAUGAGAAUAGUCUUAAUCUUCUCGAUAAGUUGCAAGAUGCAAUUGGAAGGGGUCAAAAUCCUACUUCGAUUCUACCUUCAUCGUUGAUAGAGCCUGAGAUUAUCACUAUAUCAGAUCAAGAUGUGGGAACGUCAGGAUCAGGUGCCAAAUAUACAUAUGAUAGGUUUCCUGCAAACAUUAGAUCUGAAGAGCAAGAGGAGAAGAGAAAACAGAUUCUUGCAGCAGCAAGUGGAGCAUUUGAAUACAUAAAGCAUGCUCCUAGCUCACCGUCUGUGCAAGUUGGUAAGGACUCUCUUAGUCCAAUGGAGAGAGCUGCAGAAAGGGAGCUCAUGGUUUUGGACAUCAAAGUUAAGCUGCAGGGUUUGUGGUUGCGCCUUUUGAAACUGGGAGCUACUGAUGAUCCACUUUCUUCAUUUGAAUAUGGCACAAUCCUUGCUCUCAUUGAGUCAGAUGCAGAGGGAAUUGGUGGCAGCGGGUUUGUUGAGUGUAUAAGGGAGCAUAUUCACUCAGGAUGGCAAUGUCAGCUGACUGAUGAACAGUUUAUCGCUGUGAAAGAAUUGCUUAAAACAGCGAUUAGUCGUGCAACAUCCCGGAAUGACGUGUCUACAAUUAGAGAUGCGCUUGAAGUAUCUGCUGAGAUGUAUAAAAAGGAUGCUAAUAAUGUUCCUGACUAUGUUCAGCGCCAUCUCAUUUCUCUGUCCAUUUGGGAGGAGCUACGGUUCUGGGAAGGCUACUUCGACCAUCUAAUGGAGCAUUCAUUAAGCAAGUCGGCCAAUUAUGCAGCUUUAGUCACUACGCAGCUAAUUUUGGUGGCUUCCCACAUGGCCGGAUUGGGGCUGCCUGAUACUGAUGCUUGGUACAUGGUUGAGACUAUAGCAGAGAGGAACAACAUUGGUUACAAGCAGCUGAUUAAACUUCGAGGAUUUCUGUCACACGUCCAGCAACUCCGUAUUGGUUACUGGGGAAUCUCAUCCGUGAAGGCCCCAUCUUUGUCAUUCCAUGGAUUGUCAUCCCCACGUCCAAAGGAUGUUACCGAUGACAAUCAGCAACCUGCUGAGGCCUCUGUUAUCGGCAGGAGCUGGGUUCAAAGUAUGUUUAGCAGAGACUCAUCAAGAUCUAACUCUUUUACUCGUGUUCGUAAAUGGACUUCUGAUGGCACCUCAGCUGCAAAUGAUAAUGGAACUCCUCGGAAACAAGAUCUAUCUGCUGCUGGGCAAAAGAAAAUUCAGACCAAUGUCCGUGUACUCAGGGGUCACAGUGGUUCUAUAACUGCUUUACAUUGCGUAACACGAAGAGAGGUGUGGGAUCUGGUCGGUGAUCGUGAAGAUGCUGGAUUCUUUAUCAGCGGAAGCACAGAUUGUAUGGUCAAAAUUUGGGAUCCCAGUACUCGUGGUUCUGAACUUCGGGCAACUCUGAAAGGGCACACAAGAACUGUUCGGGCUAUAAGUUCCGAUCGAGGAAAGGUGGUAUCUGGAUCUGAUGACCAGUCUGUCAUUGUAUGGGAUAAGCAAACAUCACAGCUUCUGGAAGAGCUGAAGGGCCAUAAUGCACAGGUCAGCUGUGUCCGAAUGUUGUCAGGUGAACGUGUCCUUACGUCUUCCCAUGAUGGAACAGUGAAGAUGUGGGAUGUUCGAACUGAUGCCUGUGUAGCAACAGUUGGCCGUGUCCCUAGUGCAGUCUUAUGCAUGGAAUAUGACGAUUCCACUGGAAUCUUGGCCGCUGCUGGCAGAGAUGCGGUAGCAAACAUCUGGGAUAUCCGAUCUGGUAGGCAAAUGCACAAGCUGUUAGGGCAUACAAAAUGGAUUAGGUCAAUUAGGAUGGUUGGAGACACACUGGUUACUGGUAGUGAUGAUUGGACGGCAAGAGUGUGGUCCGUUUCUCGAGGAACAUGUGAUGCUGUUUUAGCAUGCCAUGCUGGUCCAAUUUUAUGUGUCGAAUACUCUAUGUCUGACCGAGGGAUAAUAACAGGUUCAAGUGAUGGGCUACUACGAUUUUGGGAAAUUGAGGAAGGAGGAAUAAGAUGCGUGAAGAAUGUAACAAUUCAUGCUGCUUCAAUAUUGUCUAUAAAUGCUGGGGAGCACUGGUUGGGAAUAGGAGCUGCUGACAAUUCCAUGUCUCUGUUCCAACGACCACAAGAGAGAUUAGGUGGUCUCUCUAGCGCUGGCUCAAAGAUGUCUGGGUGGCAGCUUUAUAGAACGCCACAAAAGAAUGUGGCUAUGGUGAGAUGUGUGGCCUCCGAUCUGGAAAGGAAAAGAAUAUGCAGUGGUGGUCGUAAUGGUGUUCUCAGGCUGUGGGAAGCAACAAUCAACAUCUAACUUUGUAUUAUAUCCUACAUCACUUUGUAUUCUCAACUUUCAAAUGCUACGGCUUGACUAGAAGUUGCAUCUACACUGUACAGUGUUCCCAAUUUGCAUCAUCAAUCCACAGAAACUGGUGUAUGAUUUAAAGCUUAAAUCCAAUGUUGCUUGGGGUCAAUUAUUUUUGCAGCCAUAAUUUGUAUUGUUAAAUCAUAUAUAAAACAAAAGGGUGCUUGUAUACAUUUUUAUUUAUAUAUUGAAAUGUUGAUACAAAGUUUUGUCA